CUUAAAAUCUUUCGCAUGAGUGAUAAGCAAAAAUUAUUUUCAUUAAUCUUAAAGCCAGUAAAUUCAUGCGAGUAUAUCGGCGCUUCAUAAUUCCAUGCCAUGACGAUUCCUGCUUUCGAUUUUUUAUUUUCCUGCAAGAACUGAGAACUGCCCAAAAAUUGGAAACCAUGAAGAAGCUCCUCCGUCGACCUCCACUACCUGCGACCAAAACUUCUGCACCCGCUACCAUUCCCUUAAAAUUCGAAUCUAUUUCCUCUAUCGCUGCCAUUGACACUGAGUCUUUGGCGGAGGCCGGGGAAGAAAAGUUUGUCUCUGUCAUCGUUCGGGACAAAGACUUGCUUCGAAGUAGCUGCAAAUCCCUUAGCGGGCUUCAAGUCCUUGACCUCAUGGACACUGGCUCCCUCGAAGCCAGCACUGGAAUCUACUCCCAGCUCUUAAGGAGUUGUACCCAGUUAAAGAAGAUCAAAGAAGGAAGAUUGGUUCACUCCCAUUUCCUUGGUUCCAAAUUCAAGUCUGAUAUUUUUUUCCAGAACUCAAUUAUCAAUUUCUACUGCAAAUGCAACAGCUUGGAUGAUGCCCGCAAAGCGUUCGAGGGAAUGCCGCUAAAGGAUGUGGUUUCGUGGACUGCACUUAUGUCUGGUUACACACAAAAUGACCAACCCAAGGAGGCGCUGGCAUUGUUUCCCAGAAUGAUUUGGUCAGAAUGCAAACCUAAUAAUUUCACCUUUGCAACCCUUUUGAAUGCUUGUGGUACCACCGCUGAGGUUAAUACAGGGAUGGAGAUCCAUGCUUCCUGCGUCAAAACUGGUUGUGAUAUUGAUGUUUAUGUGGGAAGUUCUCUCUUGGAUAUGUAUGCUCGCCAUGGAAAAAUGAGUGAAGCUUUUGCGGCAUUUGAUAGGUUAGAUUCUAAAAAUGAAGUGUCAUGGAAUGCCUUGAUUGCUGGAUAUGCGAGGAAACAGGACCAAAACAGCGCCAUUGGGAUGUUUGUGGAUAUGCAGAGGUGUGGGUUUCUUGCAACCCGCUUCACAUAUUCUAGUAUUUUUAGUGUUUGUGCAAGUAACGGAUCUUUGGAGCAAGGGAAAUGGGUUCAUGCCCAUAUGAUAAAGCGUGGUCAUAAACUAAAUGUUUUUGUUGGCAAUACGCUUCUAGAUAUGUACGCUAAAGCAGGAAGCAUUGAGGAUGCUAGAAAAGUUUUCAGUCGAUUGGAAAAAAAGGAUGUUGUUUCUUGGAAUUCUAUGCUUACAGGUUGUGCUCAGCAUGGACUAAGCAAGGAGGCUGUUCAACGAUUUGAUAAGAUGCUCAAACAUGGAGUCAAGCCUAAUCAGAUAACUUUUCUCUGUGUUCUUAAUGCUUGCAGUCAUGGUGGUUUGCUCAAAGAAUGGGAAUAUUACUUCAACUUGAUGAAGGAAUAUAAGGUGGAGCCUGAAAUUGAGCAUUAUGUAGCAGUUGUGGAUCUGCUUGGCCGUGCUGGCCUUUUUGAACGAGCGCAAAAGUUCAUAGAUGAAAUGCCUCUUGACCCAACUGCUGCCAUCUGGGGAGCUCUGCUUGGAGCUUGUAGAAUGCACAAGAAUGUGGAAUUAGGGCAGCUUGCUGCUGAACGUGUAUUUGAGCUCGACCCACAUGAUGCAGGUCCUCAUUUGCUGCUCUAUAACAUCUAUGCUUCAGCCAGCAGAUGGAAUGAUGCUGCGAAGGUAAGGAAGAUGAUGAGAGAGAGUGGGCUGAAAAAGGAGCCUGCUUGCAGUUGGCUGGAGAUUGAAAACUCUGUUCACUUGUUUGUGGCAAAUGAAAAUUGUCACCCACAAAUAAAAGAGAUAGAACAGAUGUGGGAAAAGAUAAAUGGAAGGAUUAGAGAAGAGGGCUAUGUUCCAGAUACAAACUUUGUGCUUAUGCAUGUGGAUGAGCAAGAGAGAGAGUCAAAGCUACAGUAUCAUAGUGAGAAGCUUGCUCUUGCUUUUGCUCUUUUGAAAUUACCUUCUGGGGUAACCGUCAGGAUAAAGAAGAAUAUUAGGAUAUGUGGAGAUUGUCAUUCUGCAAUAAAGCUGGUAUCCAAGGUAAUAAAUAGGGAGAUUAUUAUAAGAGAUGCACAUCGGUUUCACCACUUUACUGCAGGCAAAUGUUCUUGUGGGGACUACUGGUGAUUCAAGUAAACCCUUGUUGAGCCUUGAAAUUCAUUGGACAGAUAUGUGGGGAAGCUGCACUCCGUUUGCUUUUCACUGGAAAAAAAAAGAUUUGAACAGUUGCACAAAAGAUUAAUAGAUAUUUCAUGCAGACACAGUGGGCUAUGUGUACAAGAGGAAUAUCAUACAUCUAAAAGUCAGCGAAUUUUCUUCUUCCUUAGCAUUUGUAGGUUCCAGCUACUGUUUUGUUGGAAUGCAGAUAUUUGGCUUCUGAAAAAGUUCACUGUACCAACCCCUCUUCAAUCAGAAAAGGUUAAUGGUAUAGGUCUACUUCUAUCUAGAUUUUAUUCAGCUAGAUGAAAAUGCCUUUUCCCCUUAUUUUGAUUACUUUCUUGCAAUUGCUGUGGUACGAAUCAGGAUGAGAAACUGCAGAACCGACUACUUGAUUUUCUUACUGAAAGAUGCAGGGUAAUAAUCCAAAAAAAAAAGGUUUUGAGAUGACUCAGAUGGCUAACCUAGGCCAACCCUGCAGGGAAGAAUCCCAGCUUCCUUCUAAAUAUUAUGGAGCAGCGCGUUAAAUUUUUUCUCCACUAUUUUGCAAGGGAAAGAACGAGUGUGGACUGCAAGAAAAGAACGAGUGUGCGAAUUAAUGUUAUUGAAGAGUCAAUAUAUAUUUUGCUGAGCUUAAUAUUUUCACCAGAGAAACCUAUCGUGGAGGAAACUAGAACAGAAUUGUGUUCACCUAGAUGGUUCACGCAUUCACUCAAAUGCAUUCUUCAAUUAUUUAUAUGUCGAAUACAGUGAAGGAGGCAUGCUUAUGUAAAUCAACUAUAGAAAUUUUAUGUUAAAUGAUAAUUUUUUGAAAGUUCA